UGUAAAAUGCGGGAGUUGGACUAGAGGAGGACCGCUAAAGUCCUUUCCAAUUCUGACAUUCUGUUAGUCCGUGGUUCCUGGAAGGGGGCUGGGCGGUACUCUAGUCCGCACCAGGAAGGAACGGGACAGGAUGCGGGGUUAGGGACAGCCCCAGCUGGAGUCAACACACCACCCGCAUUCUACCCCCCACCUCCUCUCCGCUCCGGGCCCUACGGGGCCCGUGGGCGGGGCGAGCUCCGGCCCCCUGGGCUUAGCCGGGCUCCUCCCCCCAGGCGCUCGGCGCUCUUAGCUGGCAGCCCUGGGAGUCCGGCCCGCCCGGGCAAGCGGGGGAGAGAGGCGAGCAGCGCCAUGGGCUGUCACGGCCACAUCUCGGGCUUGUUCCGCCGUAACCUGCAGCCCACGCUCACCUACUGGAGCGUCUUCUUCAGCUUCGGCCUCUGCAUCGGCUUCCUGGGGCCCACGGUGUCCGACCUGCGCUGCCAGACUCACAGCUCGCUGCCCCAGAUCUCCUGGGUUUUUUUCUCGCAGCAAUUCUGUCUCCUGCUGGGCAGCGCUCUGGGGGGCAUCUUCAAGAAGACGCUGGCCAAGUCACUGUGGGUUCUCUUCACCUCAUCUCUGACCAUCUCACUAGUGUUUGCUGUCAUCCCCUUCUGCCAAGAUGUGAAGGUGUUGGCUAUAGUCAUAGCUAUAGCUGGUCUGGCCAUGGGAUUCAUAGACACAGUGGCCAACAUGCAGUUGGUGAAGAUCUACCAAAAGGAUUCUGCCGUCUUCCUCCAGGUUCUUCAUUUUUUCGUGGGCUUUGGUGCCCUUCUGAGCCCCCUCAUCGCUGACCCCUUCCUAUCUGAGACCGAUUGUGCACCAACCAAUGCCACGAACCAUGACAGAGCCAGCAGCCCCCAUUUCCGAAAAAGCUUGACCCCCCAUCAUCCUCUGUCCAACCUGACCCAUCAUGAGCUGCCUGCCCAUGCCUGGGUAGGGAAUCAGAUGUCUUAUGCCUUCUGGAUCAUGGCCUUGAUAAAUCUGCCAGUGCCAAUCUCUGUUCUGUUCCUGCUGUCCAAGGAACGGAUGGUGUCCUGUUGUCCGAGGAAAAAACCUCUGCUCCUCACUGCGGAUGAGCUUGCCCUCCAAAUGGAGCUGCCAGAGAAGGAAGACUCCUCUUCUCUGCCAACCAAAUCACAAUCAGAGACAGGACAUGGAAACCUGUUCACCUGUUGUCAAAAGAAGAGUUUUCGAGGUGCCCCUUGCUCCUUCUUUGCCAUUCACAUCACUGCAGCCCUGGUGCUAUUCAUGACUGAUGGAAUCAUGGGUGAAUAUUCUGCUUUUGUAUACACCUAUGCAGUAGAUGAUCCACUCUUCAUAGGACAUAAGGUAGCUGGCUACCUUCCCAGCAUCUUCUGGGGCUUUGUCACCUUAGGCCGGCUCAUCUCCAUCCCAGUCUCUUCUCGUAUGAGCCCAGCCACCAUGGUCUUCAUCAACCUGGUAGGAGUGGUGGGCACAUUCCUAAGCCUCCUCUUCUUCUACUACAGCGUUGUCUUCUUGUUUGUGGGGACAGCCUGCCUGGGGCUGUUCCUCAGCAGUACCUUCCCCAGCAUGCUGGCCUACACUGAAGACAUCCUCCAGUAUAAAGGUUGUGCAACCACAAUACUGGUAACUGGGGCUGGAAUUGGUGAGAUGACCCUCCAGUUGUUCAUUGGCUCGAUUAUCCAAGUGCUGGGCAAAUACAGCUUCCUGGUCUGUGGAGUGAUCUUUGGCUGCCUGGCUUUUACCUUCUACAUCAUGCUCCUGUUUUUCCACAGGAUAUACUCCAGGCCCUCAUCAGUCUUGACCUCGGACAAACCAUCAGGGCUAGAAAGCUCUGAAGUAUACCAGCAGUAAAAGUCAGGUGAAGAAGACAAAAGGAGACCCCUCGCCCAGAAGCACAACACAGACCCCCAACCUUGCUUGAUAAUACUGGAGAGGUCUAAAAUGUUGUUUAAAAUCAUUCCUCUGGUAUUCGGUAGGGCUCAAGAAAAAAUUAUUUAGAUCAACUCUAGAACACUGGCUUCUCUUAGGACAAAUCAACAUUAGCCUAUUUGGCCAUUUCAAUCCCCCUUCGUUGCUUGUUUCCCUGGUUCACACUGCUAACAGUUGCCUAUGAUGUACAGAUGGGGAGGAUAGGAAUACACCUACACAUACAACUCUGAUGCCUCCUGGACUUAGGAUUUUGGCAUUCAGUCUUGGAUACAGACUGAAAGAGAGAAAUAGAGCCAAGCUUAAAAUGCGAUGCUCAGUGAAUCCUGACGAAUGUAGAUAAAUAGGAUAUUUUCAAUUAACCCAGAUGAACCCUGGGUUAUUUCUUGAUAUGCUAUAUCCCACAAGGAACUACUGUGCUUUACUUGGGACCAGUCCAAAAUCCAGGGGAUUCUUGGUUUAGAUGGUUCCCCCCAAACUCAGUGAUUCAUCUUCAGUGUCAAAUGUUGGAAGGAAAAUCGAAUCCUGAUGACUCUAGGAUAUGAACAAUCUCUGACUAGUCUAGGAAAACAGAAAGAGUGGGACAAUGUUAUGUAUUCUGUUUUCCUUUACUCUGUGUGGAUGUGUGUGUAGGUGUGGCUGGAUAUCUAUAGAAUCAACAGAAAUAGCAGUGAGAAUUUUUCAAAACAACUCUUAGGUUUAGUGCGUUUACCUCUUCUACUUGGAAAAGUCUCCCUUUCCACUCUGUGUCCAGAAGGUGUUACAGGACAGCUAAGGAAAGGGAAAAGCUGGGACUGCCUGGUACUGUUAAAAGCUGUGCACUAUACUAAAAGUAGGUAUGGGGGGCAGCUAGGUGGCGCAGUGGAUAAAGUACCAGCCCUGGAUUCAGAAGGACCUGAAUUCAAAUCUAGCCUUAAACACUUGACACUAGCUGUGUGACCCUGGGCAAGUCACUUAACCCUCACUGCUCUGCAAAAAAAAAAAAAAGUAGGUAUGUAGAGUAUUGAUGACAAUGAAAGAAGAGCACUAUACCUCUUCAUUUUUUUUUAAAGAACUAAAUACCAGUGAUUGAUAGUAUAUUGGUUUAUCUGCAUUUUCUGUAUGCAUCAACAGGUGUUUAUGUGUAUACAUCUAUAUAUGCAUAUGUUCAUAGAUCUGUAUAUACUAUAUGUGUAAUAUACAUAUUACAUGUAUGUUUAAACAUGUUUAUGUGUGUGUGUAUCUACACACAAACAUUAUUAUCAAAACUAUAGUGAUUAUCAACCAACCAUCAUCCAUGCUCAGGUUCACUCAAUUCAACAGGCAUUUUUAAAGGGCCUACUACAUGCCAGGCCCUGUGCUAAGCAGCAGGCAUACAAAAUAAAAAAUUAAAACAGUUCCUGCCUUCAAGGGCCUUAAAUUCUGCUGAGAGGAAAAAUCAUGCAUGUAGAUAAGUAAAUACAAUAUAUCACAAGGUAAUUUUGGGAGGGAAGGGAGAGAACUACCAACUGGGAUAGAUCAAGAAAAGGUCUCACUCAGGAGAUGACACUUGAACUAAGCCUUGAAGGAAGCUGGAGGUUCCAAGAGAAAGAGGUGAGGGAAGAGGAAGAACAUUUCAAACAUGCUAGAAGGGAGACUGAAUGCUUUGUGUGACAUCCCACAGUUUUGUCUGUGAUUCCACAACUAUUCCAGACUGGUCAGUUCAAGGCAAAGUAUAUAUAUUCUACUUACCUGUUGUUCAAAUGCAGGAAAUAGGCUAAAAAGACAUUUAUUAUGAAAACACAGAGCUAGCUUUCUGAAAAAUGGUUGCUUGGGAUAUAGCGUAUCCUCUCACCGGACAGCAGUCAAGGACAUCUAUGCUUUAAAAAAAAUAAUCGUCCAUGCAAUAAGUCCUCAGCUUCAAUCUAACUUAAUUGUACAAUCUAAUUGUAGUGAAAAGCUGCCCUCGGUCAACAGAAAACAGCUGUACUUUCCUCAUUCAAUUAAACUCUAGCGUGUUUGUAGGCUGUGCUUCAAGGAAGGAAAAUAAGGAGCAACAUAAAGACGGCACUUGACCAAUGUGGGACGGUUGUAAUCUAUACCUAAUGGUAUCUGAAAGGCACUUGGUUCAGCUUCCUAAUUCUACAGAUAAGAAGGCUGAGGCCCAGAGAGAUGAAGUAGGACUUGUCCGAGGUCCCGCAGCUAGAAAGCGGGAGAGUAGGGAUUUAAACCCAGGUCCUCUGUCUCCAAAGCCACAUCUCUUUCCACUUCUAAGGACGCCCUUAUUGAAAUAAGGCAGUUUGAGGGCAUCAUUCCAUGGCAUGCAGAGCAUCUUAAUCUUUUCAUAAGCUCUGAAACAAAGGCUAACUUACUUGUUGUCACAAGAUAGGACUCUCCCCUUCUAUGAACUCAGAUGGUGGGGUUUUGGAGGCUGGAAAAAUCCUUUGGGGUGACUAGUUUGAUAUUCACUCUCCUCCUCCAUUUCCUUCAGAAAGAGUUAGUGGAGAAUUCUAAUGGCGCUCCUGGUUCUGCUUCCUUCUCCCCUCAAGAAUCUGAAAUACUGCUGCUAGGGAGUCAUUACAGCCUGUAGACAUGUUCCUGCUCCUUCCUUGUUUAUCACAACCUCAGAGCUAGAAGCUGGAGAUGAGAUGUCAUAGGCAGACAUGCCCACAGCAACUCCUGAUAAGCAGCAUCACAACACAAAGAGCUGCUAUCUACAUAGUGCUUUAAAGUUUGCGAAAGACUUUACAUGUUAUCUCAGCUCAUCCACCCAACAACCACCUGCCAUUGUAGGUACCAUUGUCAUCCAUGUUACAGAUGAGGAAACUGAGGCUGAGACAAGGCAAGAUGAAGUGUUGCCCACACAACUAAUUAAGUGUCUGAGACUGGAUCCGACCCCAAGACUUCCUGACUCCAUGCCUAAUGACCUAGGCCUGUGUGCUGCACCACCCACCUGCCUCAUACUGCCUGAUAAUGGUGAAUUAUAGGAAUAUGCAGAAUCAUCAAGGGGCUAUAGUGAGCCCCUUGAUAAUUCUUCUGCUACUCCACCAUCAUAGUAUACGAGAGAAGUAUUUGGAGAAUGCUAGCGAGUCCUGGAUUUGGAGAAUGAAAAGAUUCUGCCUUUGCCAUUUAACUAUCUUCACGACUUUGGGCAAGUCAUUUUCAAUUCAAUUCAACAAGAGUUUAUUAAGCAGCUCAUUUACUUACCAGGCCCAGGCAAAUAAAGAAAAAAGCUAAAGUCCCUGGGCUAAAAGAAUUUCUAUUCUAGUAAGAGUAAAAACUAGGGGAGCAGCUAGGUGGUGCAGUGGAUAGAGCACCAGCCCUGGAGUCAGGAAGACCUGAGUUCAAAUUUGACCUCAGACACUUAACACACACUAGCUGUGUGACCCUGGGCAAGUCACUUAACCCCAAUUGCCUCACCCCCCCCCAAAAAAGUAAAAUCUAGAUAAAUAUAUACAAAGUAAUGUAGAGCACUAAUCGUGGGGGUUGGAGGGUGGGUGGGUCUGGAAAAACUUCCUGUAGGUGAUGGGACCUGAGCUAAGCUUUGAAAGAAGCUAUGGAUUCUAAAGAGGAACACAUUUCUGGCAUUUCAGGCUUCUCCAACGGCAUGGUAGUGGUAGACAGACCGCCUCAUACAGAGGGACAGCAAGUAGCCCGGUUUGGUUGUGUGUGAGGGGAGGUAAUAUGUGGUGAAUUUGGAAAGAUAGGUCAAAACCAGAUUGUGAAAGGUUUUAAAUGCCAUGUGGAAGAAUUUGUCUUUUAUCCUAGAGGGAAGAGGGAGUCACUCAAAUUUCUUGAAGAAGGGAAUUCUAUGGUCAGAUCUGUACUUUGGAGAUUUCAAUUUGGCUGCUGUAUGGAGGGGUAGACUGGAGAGGGAGGAGAUGGGGGCAUAGAGGCCAAUAAGGACAACUGGAAGAUGGUAAGAGAGUGGUAGCUGUGUGAACGUAGGGAAAGUGACAGAUACAAGAGAUGUUGUGACAGUGGAAUCAUCAGAACUUGGCAACUGUUGGGAAGAGAGAGGGAGGGAGAGUAAAGUUGGGGGUGCCUCUAAGAUUGUCGUUGUUUAUCUUUUGUUCCCAAAGAGGACCAUGACAUAGGGGUGAUGUGAUGACUUGCACUGAAUUGGAUUUAAGUGAAGGAGGGCUGGGCAAGGGCACCAGCCUCACUGUUUCUUAUAGAGCUAUCUGGGUCCAGUGGCAAGACAGAUAUCAGGACGACUGGAGAUGGCCCCAGAUGUUUUUAAGGCAACUGGGGUUAAGUGACUUGCCCAGGGUCACACAGCUAGUGUCUGAGGUGAGAUUUGAGCUCAGGUCCUCCCAACUUCAGUGCCAGUGCUCUAUCCACCACAUCCCCCAGCUGCCCCCUCUAAGACUGCAAAUCAAUCAAGAAAUAUGGAACAGGCACUGUUUUGGGGAGGGAAGUUUUUGGUGUUUUGUUUUUAGUUCAGGGGAGGGCGUGGUUUUGAACAAGUUUUGUUUUGGACAUGGCAAGUUGGAAGUGCCUAUGGUCCACUGGGGUAGAAGAUCUAGCAGGCAGGUGGUGAGACCAGAGUGGAGAGCACAGGAGAGAGAUGGGAGUGGAUGUGUAGGUUUGGAAGCUAUCUUCAUACAGAUAACUGAACCCACUGUAACUGAUGAGAUCACCAAAAGAGCGCAGAAGACUACCUCCCUGGAUGUUUUCUUACCUGGAAAAUGAGGGCGAUGGACUACAUCAUCUCUAUGGUGCCUUCUUAGUUCUACAUUCCUCUAAGUGGGGAGGGGGGCAGAAAAAGCACUGAAUUGAGAAUCUAGGUUCUAAUCUCAGCCCUCUCAUUCUCAGUCUCUGUAAAGCCUAUUUACUCAUCUAGAAAAUAAAUGGGAUGGGCUAGAUUAGAGGUGUCAAAUGUGCUUCAUGCAGCCCAUAGCACUCCUAAAUGUGGCCUGAACCAAAAUAAAAUACAGUUGGAAAAUGGUUAACAAGACAUAAAAAUACAAUAAAACCUGGAUAUUACAUUUUAAAACUAAGUCAAUAUGAAGCCUUGAAGGAUCCUUAUGUAUAGUUUAAUGGCCCCCAUUUCUAUUUGAGUUUGACAUCAUUUCGCUGCUAGAUGACCUCUUAAGAUCCAAUGGUAUAAACAAAAACAAUUAUUAUCACCCCCAUUCAAUUUAAUAUCAUGGGAUUGCCAUUGUUUUCCUAGCCUUUCAAGAGCCAUUUCACUUGGUGUCCCUUCAACCACCAGAUAUAUUGCAAGUAUAGUGAUUCACCGUCAUCUUCACUGUCUUAAUGUUGUAAUUGCUAGGGAGGACCACCUAUCUAGUUUAACCCAAUAGGAAUGUUAUUUUAGGCUACCAGUGUUUGCUGCCACAAGAUGCUAUAGGAACAAGUUGGAUUUAACAGUUGCUGAAGUGAACUCGCUUUUGUUUUAAAGUCUUGUAAACAGUCAAGUGCUACACAAACAUAAGAUAUUAAAUUGCCCCUGAGGCAAUAUUGACUACAUUCUAUUCUAUCACUUGCUUUUAGCCAUCCCAUUAAAAUCAGCCAUCUUUGAAAUGAUUGUAUGAUCAAUUAAUUCCACUUUCUCUAAAGUGGAUCAUCCAGUUCUGUAUAAGUUUAAAGCCUGUCUUUUUUUGGGGGGGGGUGUUUUUUUGCUUUUAGGGGUUUUUUGUGGGACAGUAAGGGCUAAGUGACUUGCCCAGAGUCACACAGCUAGUAAGUGUCAAGUGUCUGAGGCCAGACUUGAACUCAGGUCCUCCUGAAUCCAGGGCCAGUGCUUUAUCCACUGCACCACCUAGCUGCCCCCUCCAUAUAAGUUUAAUAACUUCACAUACCAUCUGCUCCAACUCUUGGUUUCUCAAUUCAGUGAGGACACAGAAAAAUUGUUUCCUCAACUGGAAAAUCAGAGCUAUGACUGCCUUUAGGGACUGGAACAAAAAAUCUGAACUGACACCAAAAAAUCCCAUUCAUGUUUAAUAAGAAAAAGUAUGAAGAUUUCAUAUAUUCAAUAAACUGUUUAACUUGUUACUUGUUGUUCUAAUUGCUGCUAAAAAUAUUUUUAUGCUGAUGACUCCCCUCCCCUUUAGUCUGCUUUAAAAUUUUAAGACAUCCAGUUCACAUCAAAGGAAAAACCCAAAUAACAUUUAUUAAGGACCAACUAAAGGCAAGGGACUGUGUUGGGGUUUAAAAGAUGAAUAAAGACAUUCCUUAAGGAAUUUCCAAUUUUGUAGGAAGGUUAUAAGUCAUAGCAUAAUGACAAAGGUCUAGAGUAGUAUGAAAGGUGGGGUAUGGAGAGAUUAGAUAUCUGAAGGAAUCAGGGAAGACUUCACGGAGCAAGUGGAACUUGAAGAGGCUUUUGAGAAAACAUCUUGGCAGGUAGUUAUAUGGGGGGGGGGGGGAAUCAUUUUCAGCAUGGAGUAUUGCUUGCCCAAAGCAUGAAGCAGGGGUGGAGGAGGAAUAAGACCAUGAAAAGCUGAGUGGUUGAAUUUAAGUGGAAUGUAGUGUGAAUGUAGUAUGGAAUAAGGUUAAAAAGGUAGUUUGGGGAAAAAAAGAAAAAGAAAAAGAAAGGUAGUUUGGAACCAGAUUAUAGAAUGCCUUGAAUGCUAGGUUAAAGAGUACAAUUUCUAUUCAAUAAGCAAUGGUCUUCAUAAUCUUUAGCAAGGCUAAAGGUCUUGUAGCAAGGUCAGAUAGAUAUACCUUGGAAAAUAAUCCUGCUUAGGAAGGAAAAAAUUAAAGGCAAGAUAAGCCAGGACAUCUUGUGAAAAGAAGGGAAGAGAUGCCAGAAAUAUUGCAGAUUUUCAUAACUCCAUCCUGAUACUCUCUGUAUUCAUAAAGGCUGUCAUUAGUCUUGGUAUACGGGAAGUAACUAUUUGAUGUCUCUAUCAUAGCAUUUUCCCGUGGUUUAUUGCUAAGGGUCCAUUUGGAGGAGAGGAAAAAAAAAAUUACUGCAUUUGGAAUUCCAAGAAUUUAGGCUUAAAUCUCGGCUCUCCCAUUACUUACCUGUGAGACUUGGGACAAAUCACUUUGCUAUGUCUUAGUUUCCCCUCAUCUAUAAAUUGAGGGAGUUAGACUAGACUACUUCUAAAGGUCCUCUCUAGCUUCAAAUCUAUGAUCCAUGAACAUUCCUGUGCCCCACUCAUACCAGAUACAUUUUUCCUAUGAAAUCUAUAGAACAGGGCACCUAGUAAAAAUGGGUUUGCUGGGCCUGAAUCAUUGAGAUAAUUAGAAGAAUAGGCCUGCUAGGAUGAAGUCAUCAAGUUCAUGUUCCUCAUCUUUUGACCCCCUGAAGAACUAUGGACAGGAGAAUCAGAAUGUAAGGGUUGUUUUUUUUUUUUUUUAAUUCUUUGUACUUGUAUUCUCAGUGCCAAGUAUAUAAGUGCUUAAUCAGUACUUGUUGAUAGGAAACCACAGGAUUUGAUUACUAUAGCAGCCAAAGCCCAGAUCACCUGUCCCUCCAAUAAGUCUUCACUAAUGGGACCAGGAGACAGAAUUGGUCCAUUUCAGGGCCUUGGGAGAAUGAUACAAGGAACUGAUCCUUUUGGAAGACAUGAUUUAAGGAAAAACCAUCCAGGGAGUUUUGAGAGGAAUGCCCUAAUCUAAAAUGAGUUAUACCUUGUGUUAAGGCCAGAAGACAGGAGGUCAUCAGCAUGAGUUUGAACCCCAUGACAUUUGUAGGCAUUACCUUUGAA